CAUUCAGUGAACUCUCACCCACAUCAAGAACUGAAAGUGGAGAGCAGCUUUCUCCUCCAAACAUCCCCAAUUCCCAGGAGUUUCCAAAGACCACAGACCUAAAAGCCCAAGCUGACCUCUGUCAGAUGCUGUAAUUCAGAGGGUUUGGACAUUUGACGGUCAGCUGAUUCUUCUGUAAUCUCCAGCACAGGCAGAAUGGCAAAUUAUGACGAGGACACCGCCUUUCUGGGGCAAAAGGGACAAUUUUUUGUCAUCCUUUUCUUUCUCUUGAAUGCCAUCUACAUUUCCACGGGGUUUCACGGCCUCUACAUUGUUUUUGUUGGGGCUUCACCAUCACAUCACUGUCGGGUAGCAGAUGGAAAUCUAAGUGAAGAAUGGAUGAAAGCCAGUAUUCCCAAUGAGACAGUCAAUGGAAAACUACAGCCAAGUCAGUGUAGGAGAUACAGCCUGGAGACGGUCAGAAACCUGUCUGCUCUGGGUUACUCACCGCUGGAGGUCAACCUCACGGACAUUACAGCAGAGACGUGUGUGGACGGAUGGAGCUACAGCACAGAAAUAUACCACUCCACCAUCGUCUCUGAGUGGGAUUUGGUGUGUGACAGCGAGUGGAGAGUCCCGUUCACAACAUCAACACUGUACAUGGGCUACUUGUUGGGCUCUCUUGUUUCCGGCCAACUUUCUGACAGGUUCGGCAGAAAGAAGGUUCUCUUCGCGUCUCUGGCAGCUGAAGCACUAGUGAUCCUCGCACAGUCCUUCUCCGACUCGUGGCUGCUCUUUUGCAUUCUGUAUUUUUUUGUUGGCACUUUCCAAAUAUCCCUGUACAUCACAGCGUUUGUGCUCGGUAGUGAAGUACUGAGUAAAUCCCUGCGAGUGCUCUUCACGACGCUGGGAGUGUUUCUGCAUUAUUGCAUCGGUUACAUGGUGCUGCCGUGGAUCGCCUUCGCCGUCCGUGACUGGAGGUCUCUACUGAGGGUUCUGUCGGGCCUGACGGUGGUCUACAUCCCACUGUGGUGGCUGAUCCCGGAGUCUCCGCGAUGGCUUCUCUCUCAGGGACGCGUGCUGGAAUCUGAGGCCAUAGUAAGAGAAGCAGCGGAGAAGAACAAAGUCUCUACGCCAGAGGUCAUCUUCAGCGAGUCCGAGGUUAAAGAGGCGGCGUCCCAGAACAGCAAGUUCAGCGCGCUCGACGUUCUACGGACCAGAGAUAUCCGCAAAACUACGUUCUUAUGUUUACUGCUGUGGAUGGCCAUCAACAUUGGAUAUUUCGGCUUGUCCUUGAAUACCUCUAACCUCAGCGGCGAUCCCUUCCUCAACUGCUUCCUAUCCGCGCUCACUGAGGUGCCUGCCUACAUGGUGUCCACGCUUCUCCUGAAGAGCUGUCCUCGGAGACCCGUCCUGUCCGCUUUCCUCGUCAUCGGAGGAGGGUUUCUGCUCCUGCUGCAGCUGAUUCCUGAAAGUCUGCCUACUCUGGCACUGGCAUUAGAGAUGGCUGGUAAGUUUGGCUUCACCAUGUCCUUCACCGUGGUCUACAUCUACACAGCGGAGCUCUAUCCCACCGUGCUGAGAAACCUGGGCAUCGGCAUGUGCUCCUCAGCUGCUCGCAUCGGCAGCAUCACCGCACCUUACAUCAUAUUCCUGGGUACUUUCAACAAAUAUCUGCCCUACAUCCUGAUGGGAAGCCUGACCAUUGCAUCCUCAGUAACAAACAUGUUUCUGCCGGAGACGUUUGGAAAAGUGCUGCCCGAGACUCUGGAACAAAUGCAGAAAUGCAAAAGUUUUAUUAGAAGAGAUAAACACGCCUUGGAGGAAGGGAAAGGAACAGUCAUCAUGAAAGAAGAAAACAUUUGAGCACAGCUACACAGCAGCAAAUAAAUGAAUAAAAAUUCUCCUGCGGACAUGAAGACAUUCAGAAGAUCCUACAUCUGGACGGUCAAUGACAUUGUUUUUAUAGGCAACUA